AUGUCAUCUGGGCCUGACCCAGAGCGGCGGUCGUCAAAGUCGCCGCAGAGGGCUAUUCGAUAUAGAAUCCCCCCCUCCCCCCCUUUGACGAUUGCUGCAUCUAAUAAGGAAGAGAUCCUGCGGGAGAACGUGCUGUCUCACGCGCAGGCGCGCGGGCAGCACCCAAUGUUCGCGUCAAUCGAUACCGCCCUGUGGGAACCGCUUCUCUUCCUGUAUUCAAAGGCCGAGACGUCGUGGAGGGAGACCACCGUGAAGGGGCUGCCGUGGCCAUUAAUUGCGAGGACCCUGAGAAUGGACGAUGGAUCAUGCGAGGCACGACAACGUCCGCAUGCAGCUAGUAGCGGCAGCACAACAGGCGAGGAAGAAGCAGGCCAGACCGGCAACAGCAUCCGCGUCCGACUUUCAUUCGGCGCGCGAGAGAGAGGGAGGGUACGGUGCACAGGGGGCCCGCCCGGGGCCAAUCCCAUCGCGGAGAUCGCUGCCGAUUCCGCCUCGUGUGCGUCUCACGCGCCUGCUGGAGGACUAGGCUGCAGACAGGGCCUGGGAGGGAGUUCGAACCCCGUGAAGGGCGAGAAGGCGCGAAGAGCGACUAGUGAUCAACACAACUCGGUGGAGCUACCUGGAUGCGUUCACCGUCCCACGGGCGAGCGUGCUCGGCUUCACAAGACAAAGUUCGCUUGGUGGCCAGAUGACCCCCGCCCCAACGCAGCACGGCCACGUCAGCCGUCACACUUUGAAGGCUCGGCUGAUGCUGGCACCCUCAUUUCCACGGCGAACAGCCGUGAUUAG